UUGGCUACAGAUCUGCAGUUUUUUUCCGCCCAUGGCCGGGAUGCGCGCGAGCUCGCCGCUCUGGUUGAAGUGGGAGUCCAAGACCCAAGCUGCGAGCUGAGUGCAUGGAGGCAGACCCGGACUCCUUAGUGCAGGCGCUGAAAGGUGCGACCGGACACUCCUCGCGCAUCCUCAGCAUUGUGCGCAAGGCGGAGCGGACGCUGAAAGGAAGCCAGUUGUGCGCCAUCUUUGGCGCGGCCAUUGAGGCAUACAAAUGCCCCAAGGCUGCGGAGGAUGUGGCCUACCGAGAGCUGUGCGUGAAGUACAUGCUGCAACUGUGCGUGCUUGAUGUCAACGAAGCCCGGGAGUUUCACAAUCGCCAGAGGGCCUUUGGCAUCACCAGCGACGCCCGCAUGUACGAGGCGAGGGCCUCCCUGGAGGAGCGCGAGGGCGACUCCGCGAAGGCGUUGAAGAUCCUUCAGGAGGGGCUCCGCAUCGGCGCGCGACCGGGCGACCUGCUGAAGAGGCAGAUCGCAGCCCUGCAGAGCCGAAGCCAGGCCACGGAGUGGAUGACUGCGCAGCAGGAGCGCGCGCCCGCGCCCGCUCCGAGCGCGGGCGGCGUCACGUGCUCGGAAGGCUCGCCUGGCGAGCGCGAGCGUGGCACGCUGUGCGAGGAUUGCGCAACACAGACGCAGAUCCAGAAUGUGGCCGCGUCCACACAGACGGAAGGCCCGGAUUCCGACGGAUCCGGUUCGGCUCGGCGCCAUGCGCUGAGCGCCGCCCAGCUGUGCACACAGCUCUGGCAGAAGUUGCAGCGCCAGAGACGAGACCUGGAAGUUCACCGCGGUCUCUUGGACGUCUUCGGCGCCUGGCGCCAUCUCCGGGAGGCUGCCAUGCAGCAGAGGAGGGAGGGCCUCUUCGAGGCGUUGCGGCGUCAAGUGCAGCGGGCGCAGCAGGUCACCCGCGCUGCGGAGCUUGGCCGCACACAAGGCCAGCAGGUCUUGCAGCUGGCAUGGCUCCGUGUAGCUUUGAGGGCUUGGGGCGGCGCUGCAGCAGGUACCCGCCAACUUGGCAGGUGGGCGCGGUGGGCCUAUGGCCGACAACUGCGGCGGCGCAUGGCCCACGUGCUGCACGCCUGGCAUUUGCGCAUUGAGCCAAUCGGCGUCCGGGAAAUGGCGAGGGAGACCUCCUUAGAGGGCUUGCUGGCGGACUUGGCUCCGGACCUGUCCCUCUCCCGGAGAACGGAGGAGCCGGCCGGCAAGCCUUCCCUUCGGCCUCCGCUGGUGAACGUGAGCAACCGAAGCGCAGAGGAAGAUUCCAAACGUGUCAGAGGACCUGAGCGCUUCUUCUACGACACCUCCAGCUAUACGGGCUGCGCUCGGUACGGCGGGCCCAUGGUGGUGGACAAGAAGGAGAACGCAGUGUGUCCUCGUUCACCCGUGAUGCGCCGCGUGAGCAAGCGUUGAGGCAGAGCGCAUGGCGGGGCGUGAAGUAGUUUCCUUUCUUUUCAGUGGGAUUCCC